AUGAGAGACCAGAAAAGAUGAAUGAAUAUUGUUUUAUUAGUUUUACAUUGUUAAUAGAUUAAAUUUUACAAAUAUCCAUCUUAUUUCAUUUUUAUCUUAAGACUCUUCACUUAGCGUUAUGACUUUAUUAAUAUAACAGUGUUUAGAAAAGAUAAAAUCGGGGCCAUAAAACAAUCGACACAAUACACUGUUUCUCUUUCUGAUCAGAAAAUCUUGUCUACCUUGCCUUGUUUAAUCAGGUGUGUGUGAAGGAUUUUCCCUGUUACAUUCACGGAUGUCCCUUUUUAAUAGCAAGCGUGAACUGCGUGGCAUAGUACACAUGUUUACCCGCCUAUAAAGAACAUUUGAAAGCUGUUUGCUCUUUUCCCACGACACAUUUCCAAAUCCAUCUUUUGAAGAGUGUCAGUUUGAUUGUGACACGAGAGAAAGAUAAAGGGAGGAUAUAAGAGACAUUGUUUUUAUUUAUAAACAUACAUUUGCAUUUAUUGGACAUUUCAUUACUUCUUGAUUUAGAAGGGGCUCAUCAAAAUAAAAAUGCAGGUCAGCAAAAUGGUUUAAUGAUGUAAAAUUAUAGUAAACAGUAAAAAUGCACUAAUGACAUGGAAUGAAUAAUGUGAUAAGUACAAUAAAAUAAAAUAAUAUCCACAUGAAAUACAAUACCAGUAAAAAGUUUGGACACAUUUUAUCAUUCAAGUGAACGUGAAAGUAUGUCCAAACAUUUGAUUGGAACUGUCAGAAAGUGAAACACAAGAGAAAGUUAAUAGAGAUGAAGACAGGAUAACUUAACUUAGUAACAUAAUAGCAAUAUUAGCAGAAAAAUAAAUGUAAAUCGUAUUAUUUACUAAGUUCUUAAUUCAUUUUAACUCCUGCAGUUUUGUUUUUUAGGGAGUUUUUCCUUAUUUGAAUUGAGGGUCUGAGGAUAGAGGACGUUGUAUUGCUGUACAGAUUGUACAGCAACACAACGUCAACCUGAGGCAGUUUUGUGAUUAAUGAUAUUAGGCUAUACAAAUAAAAAAUGACUUGAUGUGACUUUUUGCCUUCCAUCUCAUAAGAAUAUAAGUAAUUCAGGUUUGCUGCGAGACUUGAGACUUGUUUACUUGAUACGCGUUCAACUCCUUUGUUUGUGCAAAAUUACAAAGAACAUACGUAAUUUAUCAAAAGCACUAUUCCCCCAUCACAAAGAAACAUCUCCACAAUAUUGUGACAUUUCAGUGAGUCACUCUCAAAAGACAGCAAACACAAACAAGCCAGGCUCUCCCAAUGCUUCCCACUCCUCCUUUGUUGAAGUUGAGCUCUCCUUUCACCCCCUCCAGGAUGUGCUUGCAUCAUCCUCCUAAAGUCAACAUGUAGAGGGACAUUGGGUGGUCUCUCUCUUCUCUCUGUCAGACCUAUUUAUCUAUAGCAGUAGAUCGUCAGUACAAAGCGGACUGUGAGUCAUGGCAGCAGAGCCCCUGAGUCAAUGCUGUUUUGGUUAAUCAGUAACCAGAAUGGGAGCACUGCGGCUGGCCGCCGAGGAUUAAAGUAAGGGAGCAGAGGAGUCGGGACCUCACUCAGCAGCAGCAGCAGACACACACGAAGGAAUCAUUUUAAGGUGACCACCAACAAAAGGUAAAAUGCAGAGCCUGCGGUCGCCUAUUCUAGUCCUCCUACUUGGCUGCUACCUAUCAGGAAGUCAAGCCAACCGCGUCUACGUUCACCCCUUCUAUCUCUUUGCCGGCGAAAACGUCAGCUGUGAGACCCUGCAGACCCAGACUGCCAAACCUCUGCAGACACUUCCUGUGGCACCCCUUGACAUUGAAGUCCUGACACCGGACAGCAGGGAUCCAUCAAACCAGGAUGGCCAGAGGCAGAAUAUCACGCAGAGAACAGCGGUUCUGGCAGAGCUGCUGAACUCUCUGGGCCUGAGGAUGUACCAGGAUCUCAGCAGCAAACAGCAAAGCACCAACACCCUCCUCUCUCCAGUCAACACCUUUGGAUCCCUCGUCACCUUCUACUUGGGGGCCUCCAAGAAGACGGCAAGCUCAUUCCAGCUUCUUCUUGGCCUGAGCAGUGGCACCGACCGAGAGGACUGUGUGUCCUUAGUGGACGGACACAAGGUUCUGAAGACCCUGCAGAGCAUUAACUCUCUAGUGGACGAUGGACCCAAAGAUGAAAUCACUACCCAGGUGUGGGCCUUCACUCGCCAGGACGCUCAACUAUCCAAGGACUUUAUUCAAGGCACACAAGACUUCUCAGACGCAUCGUUCAUCCGCGGCGUGGACUUCUCUAAACCACAGGAAGCUGAGCAGCUGAUGAACAGCUUUGUGGACAAGACGUCAGACGGGAAAGUGAAGAGCAUCUUCAAAGAUCUAAACUCCAGCUCCAACGUUGUGUUCCUUACUUUCUUCAACUUCCAAGGCAACUGGAGGACAGCCUUCCAGCCAGAGAAAACCUCCUUGCAGGAGUUUCACGUGGAUGAAACGACCACAGUAAUGACUCCACUGAUGACCCACACGGGUCAGUACCACUACCUGAAUGAUAAGGUGCGGCGGUGCACAGUUGUGAAGCUGUCUCUGAGCAAACGGUCCUACAUGUUGCUGGUCCUGCCUCACGAAGGGGCCAACCUCCACGAUAUAGAGUCUAAGCUGCGCACUGAAGUCAUGUCUGACUGGCACCGGAGCCUCCAGGAAGGUCUGUUGGAGCUGUCGCUGCCGAAGUUCUCCAUGUCCUCUGUGACUGAUCUGCGUGACCUGUUGACCAACAUGGAUCCAGAAAUAGAGGCCAAACUGUUGGGCUCCCAGGCUGAGUUCAGCCAACUCAGCAACACUAAACCUGUCACUAUAGAUAAGGCAAUCAACAAGGUGUCGUUUGAGAUGUCAGAGGAAGGUGCGGAGCUUCAGGACAAGAUCCAGGAAGAAGGCGUCCCUCUGAAGCUGUCCAUCAACCGGCCAUUCCUCUUCACUGUCAUAGAAGGAGAUUCUAACGCCAUCCUCAUGCUGGGAAAAAUCACCAAUCCGACACUCUAAAGUCAUAUCGUACUUAAAACCAACAAAAACCUCUGACAUGAAAAAUCUGACCUACUAGACCUAUUUCUUUACUAAGUACUUUAUCCCCUGCAGCUUGCGUUCCUUUAGUGGCUGAUAUCAAUCAUUUGUUUUGAUCCUAACCUUGUUGUUUAACUGAAUUAAAGGCCACAUACAGUAUAUGAGGAAUGAAGCACAGCCUCGUUCAAGAAGGAUAUUCUACAGUAUUAUUGUCUUUCACCACUGAUCUCUCCACAAACUCAAAAACUGUUGGGAGUCACUGGGGAAUCCUUUCUCAGUAUUUAUGAAAACUUGUUACUUUAAGCUGAGUUGUUUUCAAGCAGCUGGUUAAAAUCCUAAUUUUUUUCUGUAAAAUUUAUUAUAGCAGAGUUCUGUACAGUAUUUUUCAGUAGAGUAGGUACAGUAACCAUGAUUCUCUAUGAUGAAGACUAAUACGUUGUAUAUUGUAACUAAGAGUUUAUUUUUGUUUUGUUACGAUUUGUGA